UCGAAUGUAAGGAGGGCGAACUCAUCAAGUUGAUACGCGCAAACUACGGCCGCUUCUCCAUCACGAUAUGCAACGAUCAUGGCAACACCGAGUGGAGCGUCAAUUGCAUGUCUCCGCAAACGCUGCGCGUCCUACGUGGCAGGUACGUGUCUGCGAUGUGCAUGAGCUCUUUGAUGUGUGCUGCCAACAGGUUACUAACAAUCACGUGGGGAAUCAACUAGUCCACUCGAAACGAGUGCAUUUACAAAAAGUUGUUGCGUUGCUUUUGUUUGGAAUAGUUAAAUCAUGGGGUUCAUAUUCAUAGAAGCGAAAAAAGCUUUUUGGGCAUUAAAUUACAUGUUUUACGAAAAAAGAAAAAUAAUAGGUUUAGCAUGAAAAGUUUCCAGACCAGCUGGUUUGUUUCGAAAUAUAUUGGGACAAAAAAAGCAUGUUGUGCACUAAACAUCGAAAUUCUCAACUUCCGAUUUUAUAUGAAUUUCAUUUGUGUUUCAAACAUUUACACACAUUCGGAAUUAAAAUGUUGUAAUGAAUUUUAACGAUUUUUUUUGGGGGGCGAAAAAUUCAUUUAAAACGGUUUAGUGCAAACAUGUCGAAUUUAUUAGACUAAAAAGUUGAUAUAUUAAAAUGUAACUGGUUCGAACAGGGAAAUUCAUUUAUCGACUCGCACGAAAUUUCAUAUAUUUCUCUAGCUGUAUAGGAAUACGAAAUAUUAAUUUUUGAAAUGGUCGAAUCAUAAAUGAAUUCAUAUGAUAAUUUUCAUGUUCGUCAUGUGCUAUUUAUUAUUUCGUGUUUCUGCCAAUAUUGUAUGUUACGUCAGGCGUCAUCCAUUCUAAACCAAACAAAUCAUCAAUUCAUUAAAGUAAUUGUCUCUUCGCUCGCCUGCUCUCUGUGUGUGCCCGUCGAUGAUCGCCGCCUCAUUGUGACAUGUUGUCAUUGUGUGUGUUUAUAACAAAAAAAAAUUAACCAAAAGCAUGCUGUGUGGGCUUACCCGCGGCCAUAUUGGUCACAACACCGGCGAGUUUGUACUUCUUUCAGAUGUGAGGCGCGCUCAAACUGCACGGUCGACGUCAACAAUGAGGUGUUCGAUAAUGAUCCAUGCUCAAACACCGUUAAAUACGUCGAGGCACAUUACAGAUGCGGUGUGCCGAACAUCAGAACUGCAGCGUGCCGGCGAGCACGGCCAUGUUCGGUGACCAUUGUACGGGCACUCUGAAGUACCUCGAGGCCCACUAUCAAUGCCUACCUGCCAAAUUUAUAGCCGCCACGACAACGACGACAAACCGGCCGACGCCGCCGUGGCUAAUCACAUCGCAGCCACCGAUGUGGAGCACGGUGAAGACGUCAGCGCGGCCCCCGCCGCCUCCGCCAAAAGUUACAGGUACGGCGGCACCUGCACGCACAACUGCCGCGACAACGGCGUCGUUGCAUAAUGCGCACACGCAUCCUUCGACGUCGAUUAAACCGGCUCCUGUGCAUCCACCGCCUGCCACAUCCGCGGAAGAUGAUGAUAUAGUCGAGCCGUCUCUUAGUGAAGAUACUCCGGUCAAGCCGCACAAUGACGCUACUACACUGCCAUUUACUACGUCACAGCCACGGAAGUAUACAGAUUCCUCUGCUUCCGCGGUGAAUGCAAACGUGCCAUCAUCGAGUUUAGUUCCGUUGUCCAAUGAUGACUCAGACAACUGCCGUCCGAUUACAAUGCGGAGCAUUUAUUGGAAUUGGACGCGUGCGUCGGAAGAGAUCCGGAUACAGCCUUGUCCGGGAGGUACUACCGGUUUUGCAAAAUGGCGUUGCACCAAGGUGCCUGGCUCCGAUCCUCAGUGGACACCAUCGACGCCAGAUUUAAGCGAGUGUCGCUCUGUCUGGCUUACUAGUUUAGAACAACGUGUAAAUUUAGGCAAAGAUCCAUUGAUUUCAAUUACUAGCGACUUGGCUCAAGUCACCAGCAGUAAAACACUGACAUUGUAUGGUGGUGACAUGAUGAUUACUGCGAAAAUCAUCCAGAAAAUGGCACAAAAGAUGGCGAUGGAUAUCCAGACCUUCCCCGACACGCGGCAGCGAGAAACAAUCGUCACCGAAAUGCUCAACGAUGUUGUCAAGACAGGGAGUAAUCUAUUGGACUCUUCGCAGCAUCCUUCAUGGCGAGAUCUUAGUCACAAGGAACAAAUGCGUGUGGCUACUUCUUUGCUGAUAGGCCUGGAAGAGAACGCUUUUCUGCUGGCUGAAACUGUCACGCGGGAGAAGACCGUCGAUCAGGUCGUCAAAAACAUAAUGCUGUCCGUGCGGGUGCUCGACACGAAGUCAGUGACGACGGAACGCUUCCCCUCCGGCGAUAAUAAAUGGUCGUCGAGCAACGACACAAUCGAGCUGCCGCAGGGCGCGCUUCUCGAGAACAGCGACGGGCGAUUAGUGCGGCUGGUGUUUUUCGCUUUCGACCGCCUCGAGGAGAUCCUCCAGUGGCAUCCCGAGUCGACGGAGGCGGGCGCCGGCCGCAAUCUGACGCGGGUGCUCAACAGUAAGGUGAUCUCCGCCAGCCUCGGCAAGGGGCGGCACAUCCAGCUCAAGGAGCCGGUGCGGCUCACGCUGCGACAUUUGCAAACGGACAACGUGACGAAUCCCAGCUGCGUGUUCUGGGACUACACGACGUCGGCUUGGUCCGAGGAGGGUUGUCAUGUCGAGUCGACGAACCAUACACACACGACGUGCUUGUGCAAUCACUUGACGAACUUUGCCAUUCUUAUGGACGUGCGAGCUGUUUAUUUACCACCUGGUCAUCAACUAGCGCUACAGAUCAUCACCUACGUGGGUUGUAGUAUUUCUAUAGUAUGUUUAGUGCUCGCAAUCAUUACGUUCCAAAUGUUUCGCGGCCUGAAGUGUGAUAGAACGACGAUCCACUGCAAUUUAUGCGUGUGUCUCCUGAUAGCGGAAGUGUUGUUCCUCGCCGGCAUUGGAAGGACAGAGAACCAAAUCGCGUGUGGUGUGAUUGCCGCCGUGUUGCAAUAUAUCUUUCUCUGUGCGUUUAUGUGGAUGUUCUUUGAAGGUUUUCAUCUAUACGUAAUGCUCAUCGAGGUAUUCGAAACGGAAAAGUCUCGUAUCAAAUGGUACUACCUCAUUGCGUACGGCCUUCCGAUGCUUAUUGUAGGCAUUUCGGGGACGCUAUUUCCACAGGGCUACGGCAGCGACCGCUAUUGUUGGCUACGAUCGGAUAACUACAUUAUUUACACGUUUAUUGGACCAGUUUCCAUCGUGUUAGUGUUGAAUGUCAUCUUCCUAAUGAUGGCCAUCGUGAAAAUGUGUCGACACGCGAAUCCGACCGUAGCAAUGAAGAACAAAGAACACUCACGACUUGCGAGCACCAGUGGAAAAGAGGAAAAUGCACUUCAAAGCAAAUUUCCAUUUCACUUGACUUGGUUGAAAGGAGCAAUAAUCCUCAUAUUCCUGCUGGGGCUGACGUGGACUUUCGGAUUCCUCUAUUUGAAUAAGGAGACGGUCGUGAUGGCCUAUAUUUUCGCCAUUUUGAACUCGCUGCAAGGAUUCUUCAUUUUCGUGUUCCAUUGCGUUCAAAACGAAAAGGUGCGGAAGGAGUAUCCACGUUUCAUCCGGAAGCACUCGUGGCUGCCGAAAUGUUUGCGCUGCUCUAAGCCGAACGCGGCGGGCGGCAGUAGCAGCGGCGGUGGCGGCAGCUCGGGCGUUGGCAAGGAGGGCCGCACUAGUCUCUACCCCGGCUCGAACGGCAAUCCUUCGGCGCCGCCGGAUAGCUCUGUGCUCUCGCAGCACGGCACUAGUCUGCAGCGGGACUGGAAAGCGCAGAGUUUGACCAACAUGAAUCGGGUAGGCAAAGUAUCACCGCCCGCUACCACAAUGGCUGCCACUCUAAGCAGGCAGCCACAGCGGGCGGGCGACGCCGCUGUAGAGCCCCCCAACACCUCUACUCUACCUUACAUUCGUAACUUCUAUAAGCAAUCCGCUGUCAAUGCUAACCUACCCAAGUCUGCUUCUACUUGGGGGCCUCUACACAAGCCCUUACACUGGAAGAACAUUUCUUUUAAGUCGUACAGCCGUGACUCCGGCCAUGGUGGGUCUGAGCAAGAGGACUCACCUCGAUCUCACGUGGUACUGCCCGAUGGACGACUUAACAACUUCAAAGACAAUCGCCGACAGCCGUACGUCUCCGAGUACAACCACCAUAUGAUAACAGGUGGUAUUCCGCAAGGGGCGGCUGAAUACGCCCGUCGCACCGACUCGUUGCCCCACCCUAAGCAUCUUCCGCUGGCUCAACACCCCUACCGAAAGAAGAAUGGCGGCACGUUGCGUGCCAACGCGCCCUGGAACCACACCUACACAGAGAUCCACGACGCUCGCAUGCAACGAGCCGGGGGCGGUUUUGGCAUGCCGGAGGACGACCCUGUCUACGAGGAGAUCGAACGGAAUGAAAUUCAGGUGUCCGAUAUGAGCGACGAGGAUGGAAAGCGACAGAGUGAUAUGUCACGACAGUCAUCGCGGUCGUAUGGGGACCAUCGCCCUCUCAUCCCAUACAGCCCCGCAACGGAGCACAGCGUGCAUGCGCUUGAUCCUCACGCGAUGGACAUCUACCAAAGCCGCCGUAUGUAUCGCGGCGAUGCGCGCUCGCUGGCGGCUGUCCUCAACGGCGAUACCGUCGUAUGUCACCUGCAACCACAGGACGCCUACCAGCACCCACAUCCGCACGACCCGUACGCAUCCGGGCAGUUCGUCCUGCCGCCGUACGGCGAUAGUUAGAGAAACCCGCCUAUUGCAUAAGUGUAUAUCUGUGAUUCCUUGAUCAGACUUUUCGGUCAUUAUGUAAUUAAUAUUAUAAGUAAGCUCAGAACGUGUGAACGAGUUGAUACUGAUGAAAAGUGAUACAUUUUAUAAUGAACUAUUUUACUAAUUAAUUUAUAAACAAACGCGAUUUCGCUCGGACGGGGCGAGUAAGAAUGCGAGGGAAAAUUGUGAAUACGAAUACGUUGAUGUGAGUUAUUCGAGUCAUUCCGUAAAUACGUUGUAUAUUUUGAGUUUUCGAUUUUGCGAUGUUAGCACACAACGAUUCAAAACGAUUGUAAAUUUUGAUCUCAAGCCAUCAACGUUGAAACUGCCGUCAUUGGUAUUUACCAUGAUUUGAAUUACUUGCAACAUUACGUAUUUAUCGAGAGAAAUUUAGAUGAACAACACACAUCUACUUAAAAAUUGUAAACAAUAAUUAAUUAUUGUGCAAAGAGUAUGAAUGUUGUUACUGUUUCCCAUGAAGUCACGCAGUUAUUAUUCAGUCAGACAUUAAAACGCAAUUAAUUACGCAUUCAAAUGGGUUAACAUCUACAAAUUAGUGCUUCUUGAUGAUAGCUUGCACCGUCAUUGUAAAUACAGAUUAAAAACUAAAUAAGGCAUUAUUUGGUUUUAUUAAGCAAUUAAAACUGCGAUGCUAUACUGGCGCAUAUUCAUGAUUGUUUAUAUCCCUGGCAUUUAGCAACCGAAAGCGGGAGCCAGUGGCGAAGACUUGUGUAAUGUUUUUUUUUUACUUCUUAAACGUUUAUUCUAUAUGUAUUUAUUCGCUUAAUUUUAUCCCAUGACUGCUGUCUUCGUCGUUGGUUCGUCUAAAAUAUUGUAAAUGAGAGCGUGUCAAGAUGAUAAGGAUGUAUCAAGAAUAUUAGUUAUUAUAAUGUUGAGUAAUAUUAUGUUUAUUGUAAAUAAUGUAUAGUGCUUUGUACAUGUUGACAUUAGUCAGAAGGAAAAAAAAGAUUGUUAAUACUGCUAUGCCUUAGACAUAGCUGACAACAAUACACCAUUAUAAAAAUGUAUUAAAUUUUAAAAUUAAACUUCAAAGUCUGACCAAUAAAUUGAAUUCCUUUUUUCGAGACGA